CAAAUGCGCCACCCGAGUUCCUGGGGUUCCGGUGUCGCAGUCGGACCGUUCCCCUCGAGCGCAGAGGUGGCCGCUCGCUCACCGGCGCUGUUUUCCCUUCGGCGCGCGGACGAUGUUUCCCGCUCUGCGGCUGCGGCUGCGGCUGUGGUGGCGCGCGCCCGUCCACUGGGCUCGCGACAGCGCCGUGUACGCGCAGGGCCAGAGUCCCGAGGCGCGCGUCCGCGAAUAUUUCUACUACAUCGACCACCAAGGACAGCUCUUCCUGGACGACACCAAGGUGAAGAACUUCAUCACCUGCUUCAAAGACCAGCAGUUCCUGGCGUUCUUCUUCAGUCGCCUGCGGCCCAACGACAGCGGGCGCUACGAGGAGCACUUCCCCUUCGUGUCGCCCUGCGGGCGCGAGAGGAACUUCCUGCGCUGCGAGGACAGGCCGCUCGUCUUCACGCACCUGCUGCCGGGGCGGGGCCAAGGAGAGGGGGGCGGGGCCGAGCGCCUCUCCUUCUGCGGGGGCGGAGACGAGCUGUGCGUGCCCUUCCGGCCCGAGGCGCUCUUCGCGGACCCCGCGAGCGGGCGCCUCUACCACCCGUGUCCCGAGCGGGCGGGGGCCGUAGGGCUCCUGCGCUCCUCCCUCGCCUUCGAGCUCAGCGCGCGCUUUCACUACGAGCGGGGGCGGGGCCAGAGCCGCCAGCCCACCCACUUCCUGUGGGCGGGGCAGCGCCACCUGCUGACCAAUGAGCUUGCCAGAUACUUCCCCGGGGAAGAAGGUGGGGGUAGCUGAGUGGUGCUGCCUCAGCUUUUACUACAUUUCGCUGUGCUUGGACCCAGAGAGCUGUUUACUUGUCCACGAUUGGAAUAUUCCGGUAAUUUUGCGUAAUUAAAUUUACUUUGUGGGCAGACAGACUAAAAGACCUUAUAAUAUUUUAGUCAUUAUUUAGGGCAUAUUGCUUUUCCACCUUCUGGACAUGAUUUCUGGGCUGCGACAGUGUCCCUUGGCGUCAUGUUUGAGAUUUGAAGAUUCAGCCCUCUCACUCACACACACACCACCCACUUCUGUACCCCACUUCGGAUACAGAACUUAUGUCCUACUGAGGACGGCGGUGUGGGCAAUGUGGGGGUCUCGGGGGACGAACAGGUCAACAGAACUCCAUGAGGACAGAGUGCCGCUCCUUCCUGAGGACGUGGACAGACGGGACAGGAAGGAGAGGGUGUGUCAUGUGUAACACACACACAGUGUAACACGGAGAGAAUAUUUAAAA